GCCCGGAGCGAAUCCCAGAGGAGAGCGCCGGGCUGCGGGCGCCCGGGGGUGCGGUCCCCGCUUUGCCGCGGGCGGGUGCCGAGUACCAGGCGCCCGCUGGGGUCCCCGCUGAGCUCGGCUUUCUUCCGUGGCGAGUGGGCUGGGCUGGAGGCGCGCUGGUCCUCCGGCUGUCCCGGGCCGGGAGGGGUGGACGGGGAGAGGCCCCUCGCCGGAGCCCCAGGCUCGGCAGACGGCGCGCGGACCGGCCGCUCGCUCCUGUUGCAGCCUCCCGCGUCAGAGUUUUCUUUGGAAAGUUGCAUUUAUUUUCUUCCCUUGUCUGGGCUUCGCCGGAAAGGGGCUGGAUGAGUCACCGCGGCGCGCACAGUCCGGGACUAGGGGGAGCCGGCAAAAGGGCCCACGACCGCGACGCCGCGGGUGCUCAGCUCUGAUCAGCUUUCUUGGGGAACAGGGAGAUGGUUAUUAAGGGAGGAAAAGGGGACUGAGCCCUUUUGGACUAGUCCUGGGUCAAGGCUUUGGGUAGAGUUGAGCUGGGGUGUGUUACUGUGCCCCCCAUUCAGCUGGUCAUCCUUCUUGGGGAGCCGAAAGGAGAGCCCGCUGUUUGCUCCUGUCUCCCAAGGCUCAGUUGGGGAUGGAGAAGAGUUCUCUAAAUAGCAAACAGGUGUGGUGGUGCGUACCUGGGCAUUCCCUCCAGCUUCUUAGAGCUCUGGACUUGGGCAGCAGCAUGGCUUGGUGGAGAAGCCCUCAUGAACCUCCAGGCUCAGUCCUUCCCUUGUCUCCCAUUCCCUUCAGGCAGUGGAACCCUGUGAGUUGCUCUUGCCCUUGACCUCUGAAUCUGUCUCCUUUUUUCUGACACACACUCUUGACCUGCUCAGCUUUUCCCUCUGGCCUAAAGGCAUAUCCUGGUGCUUCCUCUUCUCCCGGGCGACCAGAGUUGGGGUAGGGAGGGGCUUGGCAUGGUGAGUACCUGGUGAGGACUUGCCUUCAGCUGUUACACAGACCCAGUCCUGGUGGAGAGCAGACUAAGAAUAGCCCAGUUGCUGCCCUGCUGCCCUGGAGCUGCAGCCAGGAAUUGCCAAUAGACCAGGGCCCAGAGUGACCCUUGUUGGGCUCCUGGAAACAUUGCUCAGGGUUGGGGUUGAGGCUGUGGGGGCUUCUGGCUCCCUUUCCUGAAGCACUUAACAGAUCUCCUUUCAGAGUGCAGGCAGCCUUGUGUGGACCCACCUGCCCAAGUGGAGGCUGGCAUGGGAUGGGUGGAGGUAGAGGAAGAGGCUGGAUGGGAAGCCUGAGGAAACCAGGGAGCAAGUUCCAGGGAGCAAGUGGACAUAAUCUGAGGUUACAGUCCCUUCUGUUGAACCAUUUCACCGCCCCUCCAUUCCUUCCUUAUCACCACCCCCCAGGCUUGUCCUGGAGCCAGGACUCUGUUGUUCUAAAAAUGCCCAGAAAAUGGAGCUUGAGUCAGCCGGAUGAGUCUGAAGAUAAAAAUACAGCUGUGGAUGAAUGUACAGCUGUGGACAUACAGGCCCCAAUUUAGUGGGUGUGUGCUGGGGGGGGGGUUUCCUAUGCACCCAUGGAGUGUAUGGUGAAUUCCCCCCUGCCCCUCCUGGCUCUCUGACUAACCCUGAAGGAGGAGCUGGACAGUAGCUUGGGUGGUCCACUGUGGUCUGCCAGGCCACUGGGUGAUGGAGGGGUGGUGGGCAGUUCCCAAGCUGGAGCUCCUCCUGAGCAGUACUCUGGAGAGAGAAGGCAGAAAGGCAGGGUGGGAUGGUAUGAGGACUCUGGAAGGGAGGUCAACUUUAGGCAUUGUCACCUGGACCUUGCGAAACUGAGAACACAUGAGGGAUGGAAAUCCAGACUGCUGGAGAGGAUCUGAGUGACAAGAUCGUCCCCACUGAAGUGCUGCGGGGCAAGCGUUUAGCAUGGGCUGAGACAUUGGACCUGUACCAGAGGUCUGGCAGAAAUGGGCACCUGGCUGAAUCCUAGGCAGGUGGAGGCAGUGAGGAGGAGAGGCCUGGACUUCCGGAGCAGGGCUGGGAUGAAGCAGCCGUGGAGCGUGUGAACAGUCCGAGCCCGACCUGCCUGGCCCACCAUGGUCCAGAGACUGUGGGUGAGCCGCCUGCUCCGGCAUCGGAAGGCCCAGCUCCUGCUGGUCAACCUGCUGACCUUUGGCCUGGAGGUGUGUCUGGCUGCUGGCAUCACCUACGUGCCUCCCCUGCUGCUGGAAGUGGGGGUAGAGGAGAAGUUCAUGACCAUGGUGCUGGGCAUUGGUCCAGUGCUGGGCCUGGUCUCCGUCCCACUCCUAGGCUCAGCCAGUGACCAGUGGCGUGGGCGCUAUGGCCGCCGGAGGCCCUUCAUCUGGGCCCUGUCCUUGGGUGUCCUGCUGAGCCUCUUUCUCAUCCCGAGGGCGGGCUGGCUGGCAGAGCUGCUGUGCCCAGACACCAGCUCCCUGGAGUUGGCGCUGCUGAUCCUGGGCGUGGGGCUGCUGGACUUCUGUGGCCAGGUGUGCUUCACUCCACUGGAAGCCCUACUCUCUGACCUCUUCCGGGACCCAGACCAUUGCCGCCAGGCCUUCUCUGUCUACGCCUUCAUGAUCAGCCUUGGGGGCUGCCUGGGCUACCUCUUGCCUGCCAUUGACUGGGACGCCAGCGCCCUGGCCCCCUACCUGGGCACCCAGGAGGAGUGCCUCUUUGGCCUGCUCACUCUCAUCUUCCUCACCUGCAUGGCAGCCACGCUGUUUGUGGCCGAGGAGGCAGUGCUGGGCCCGACCGAGCCAGUGGAAGGGCUUUCGGUCCCCUCCGCGUCCCCCCACUGCUGCCCUUGCCAUGCCCACCUGGCUUUCCGGAACCUGGGUGCCCUGUUUCCUCGGCUGCACCAGCUCUGCUGCCGCAUGCCUCGCACCCUGCGUCGACUCUUUGUGGCGGAGCUGUGCAGCUGGAUGGCGCUCAUGACCUUCACACUGUUCUACACGGAUUUUGUGGGUGAGGGCCUGUACCAGGGUGUGCCCAGAGCUGAGCCAGGCACCGAGGCCCGGAGACACUAUGAUGAAGGCGUGCGGAUGGGCAGCCUGGGGCUCUUCCUGCAGUGUACCAUCUCCCUGGUCUUCUCCCUGGUCAUGGACCGGCUGGUGCAGCGAUUUGGCACCCGGGCAGUCUACCUGGCCAGCGUGGUGGCCUUCCCAGUGGCUGCUGGUGCCACUUGCCUGUCUCGCAGUGUGGCCGUGGUGACAGCCUCAGCUGCCCUCACUGGGUUCACCUUCUCAGCCCUGCAGAUCCUGCCCUACACGCUGGCCUCACUCUACCACCGCGAGAAGCAGGUGUUCCUGCCCAAAUACCGAGGGGACGCCGGCAGUGGUGGCAGUGAGGACAGCCUGACGACCAGUUUCCUGCCAGGCCCUAAGCCUGGAGCUCCCUUCCCCAACGGACACAUGGGUGCUGGAGGCAGCAGCCUGCUCCCCGCUCCCCCCGCACUCUGUGGGGCCUCCACCUGCGAUGUCUCCAUGAGAGUGGUGGUGGGUGAGCCAACCGAGGCCAGGGUCAUCCCGGGCCGGGGCAUCUGCCUGGACCUUGCCAUCCUGGACAGUGCCUUCCUGCUGUCCCAGGUGGCCCCAUCCUUGUUUAUGGGCUCCAUUGUCCAGCUCAGCCAAUCUGUCACUGCCUAUAUGGUGUCAGCCGCAGGCUUAGGUCUGAUUGCCAUUUACUUUGCUACACAGGUAGUAUUUGACAAAAGUGAUUUGGCCAAAUACUCUGUGUAGAAUGCUUCCUGCACACUGAGCAGAGGGCCUACCUUGCUUGGUCUGAGUACCCAAGGGGCUGCAGGACUGAUAGUCCAGUGUUUGUUGCUGCCAAAGCGGCAUGGCUCUCUGCUGCCACCCCAUGGUGGUGAGUUGCAUAGCUGCACAGAGAGGGGACUGGGGCUUCUCUCCCCUCUCCCCAGUUUCUAGGGCUGGUCCAGAGGCAGCUUCAGUGCGGAUUUGUGCAGGGAAGCCAGAAAGGCAGUACAUUUGAUUAGCUCCGUGCACUGGAAUGCAGGACUCUGCAGUGGACUGACCAGGCUCAGGGUUAACAGCUAGUUUCCUGGUUGAGACAGACCUAGAGAAGAAAUUUGAGGAACUGAAUAAACUCCCACCCAAGCCCCCUCAUUCUGCAGAACCCCCAACAGUGUUGCUCUUGCAUGAGAGUUUCUAGUGUGAAACUUUCAACAAUAUUUGGAAGGAUGAAAGCUAAUGGAGAGGAAGAGUCCUAAGGGGCCAGGAGAAGCCCCUUGGUCUAUAGCACUGCCUUUCUGCUGAUGCCCCCACCACACCGCCUUUUAUCAGGACAUGGCUUGUUGGUCCCUGGUUUGCCAUCAUGGGGACACAGGCCUUUAAAUAUUUAACUUAUUUAUUUAACAAAGUAGAAGGAAUUCUAUUCCCAGCUUUUCUGGGUUGCUGUCUAGGAGUUGGGUUGAGUGGGAUCACCAACAACCAGUCCCCUGAAAUGUCUGGGCUGGGCAUUGAUAGAAUCCCUUCUCUUGGGGUGAUAGGUCUGACCCCCAAAACUACCUAACCCAGCACCUUGGAAGCGCUACUCACCCCAGUCAAUAUCCCGGAUGUCCUUACCGAAGGCUGGGGGCUUGAGGGGAAGUGAAGAGACUCCAGGCCUUAGCAGCAUCUCUAGCCUCCUCUCCUCCCUUGGCCCAGCCUGGCUCCCCCAAUUCCCCUCUGUUUCCUGGGCUAAUAAAGACAUUGCCCUUCCACCCCCACUUCACCCCAACUUUCCCCACUGGCUCCACAACCUCUCUUUGGGGCUAUUGCAGGACCAGAAGCACACCGUGGUUCCUCGAGCCUUUGUCCAUCUCAGCCUCCAGGGCAUAUCUGUGCUCGGGGAAUCUCACACAAACUCAGGAGCACCCCCUGCCUGAGCCAAGGAGCUCUUAUCUCUUGGGGGUUUAAGUGCCGUUUGCAAUAAUGUUAUGUCUUAUUUAUUUAGUGGAGUAAAUAUUUUAUACUGUAUGUGAGCAAUCAGAGUAUAAUGUUUAUGGUGAUGAAAUUAAAUACUUCCUAUAUGUUUAA